GCGGAAAAGCUACGUGAGGUCACCUGACGGCGAAGCGCGAGCUUUCUUCCGCGCUCUUGGGUGGGGGUGGAUCCAAACAGAGGCGAGGCGGAGAACAUGAUUGGACGAAGCGAGCGCGUGGCGGACGGGGACGAAAUCGGUGUGGCGUUUCGCCGAUCUUAAGAGGCGAGAGCGGGAUUGGCGGACAGGUCUCAAUGAAAAGAUGGCAGUGAAACUAUUGGGAUUCCUGGCUAGAUCUUCACAUAUAAUAAGCCAGUGCCAAUGCUUCCCUACAUAUGGAUAUUUAGCAUCAAGCAACAACUUACUAUCAGUAAAUAAAUAUCUCAGGCAACACAUCCCAGAGGCAACUUCUUCUAAUUUUACUAGCAAUUGCAUGGACAUUUCAAACUGGUUUAGUCCACAAACUACUAUUAGUGCUGCAGCAAAAAUUAUCAAUUACUUGACCACGGAUGCUUGUCCUUCAUCCAGAGAACUUCAUCCUCUUAAAGCUUCAAUUUUUAAGCACAAAUUAAAACAUAGAAGAACACCUACUGAAAUACUAAAUAGACAUUACUCAGUUUCAUCACCUAGCAAAAUUCAACUGAAACCAGAUAUUGUACCAGUUAAGCGUCUACCAAAAGCAUCAAGGACAAAGCAGCCAUCAAGAGCUAAUCUGCCACUACCAUCUGAAGCUAAGAUGCAGCAAACGUUUUGGUGGUUGGCACGGAAAAAACAGCCAAAGAGCAUGAUUUGGGGAUCAUAUUUUUCUUCAAGUGGAGGUAGGGCUUCCAGCAAUCCCACUUUUAGUAUUUGGAUCAAACAGGCAGAAUCUUGUUUGCAAAAGUCCAUAAGGGGUUUCCAGUCACUGACAAAUAUGAUUGUCCCUAACCAAACAAAUCAAUUUUGCCCUGUCUGCAAAUUCUGUUAUCUUCACCAACAUUGCUCCAUUAUAGGGAAGGGUCUGCUGUGUUUUGGAAUGUUGAAGAAAAAACAAGUCUCAACAUCUUUUUUACAUCGCGGUGACCAAAACUGGAUGCAGUAUUCCAAGAUAAAGAAUAUUUUUCAAAAGCUGGAAAAACAUGAGGUCCAGCCUUAUGAAAUUGCAUUAGUUCACUGGGAAAAUGAGGAGAUCAGCUAUAGAAGAGGAGAAGGGCAAUCAAAGCUUCAUAGAGGAGAAAUCUUGAUAAAUUCAGAUACAGAAAUGGAUGACAUCGUUUUAGAGAAGUUUGCUUUUUCCAAUGCUCUGUGCCUUUCUGUAAAACUGGCCAUUUGGGAAGCAUCACUGGAUAAUUUUGUAGAAUCUAUCCAAUCAAUACCUGAGAUGCUUAAAUUAAGAAAGAAACUGAAACUCUCUCAUGCUGAUGUUAUGCAGAAAAUUGGGGAACUGUUUGCCUUGAGGCAUCGUAUAAAUCUGAGUUCUGAUCUGUUGAUUGCCCCAGAUUUCUACUGGGACAGAGAACAUCUUGAACAACUGUAUGAUAAAAUGUAUCGGUUUCUCAGUAUUGAUCGCAGAGUUAAGGUAGUAAAUGAAAAGCUCCAGCAGUGCACAGAACUGACAGAUCUGAUGAGAAAUCAUUUGAAUGAAAAACAUGCUCUGCGCUUGGAAUGGAUGAUAGUAAUACUCAUCACUAUAGAGGUCAUGUUUGAACUUGGAAGAAUGUUUUUCUGAUACCAGGAGUACAUUGCAACAGACAUUUUAUGAAACUAGUCGCUGUCCGAGCAACAGGUUUAUUGGACUUCAGCUUUAUUCAUUUUGGAAAGUGAGCAAAUGUCAUGAUAAAUUUAUGGACAUUUGCUACAAAAUGAUGGGAGUCAGUGCAUUUAAUUUCAUAUUUCAUCAGUUACUAUGUUCCUUGGAAUUCAUAGUGUAAAAACAUUGUGAGGCUGGUUUUCUAUCUUAAUGGAUGCAGAUUAUCUGUUACAUUACAGGAAAAGGAUAUACAGUAUGUACUACAUUCAGCAGUUUUCUGUAUAUAAGCUGUACAUUUUCUCACAAUAUAUUCAAUAGAAUUAAGGAAAAUAUGUAUAUAAUAUGUCAUUAUGUAUAUGGGGAGCCAAUGCAUAGAAAAUCCUAAUAUAGUUCAUUUAUAAAGGAAGAGUUAAAAUCAAAAAUUCUCUUCAGCUAAAAACUCUUUCGAACUGUUUAAUCACAGAGAUUUUAUAAAUUCAGACUGGAUUCUUCAUGAAGCAAGACAUGUUUAAUGUCUUUGACUAUAUUGCUUUAGGCAAAUUUUCCUCAGUAACCAUUAUACACCUAUGAACACCAACUGAAAAGCUGUGAAAUAAAAUAAAUUAAACAAUCUAAUAUCUAGUAAAAUGACUAGUAUCUAGUCAAAAUAGUUUGGAUUUGAGAGACCUUAAUUUUGCUUCAAAGAAAUUAAUACAUUUCUUCAAAGAAGCAAGAUUAAGUUCUGAUAUAGGUAGUCAAAAUAUUUUGACUAGCUAUAUCAGAAAACUCGUGAAAGCUUUACAUUUGUACCCAGGAUCUGGUUCUCAACUAGCUUUCCAAAAUUUAUCAUGAAUGUUACAGUUGUCAGAUUUUUAUAAGAAUUUAAAAGAAAUUUGCUCUUUGGUUAAAGAAAAUGGGAAGAACUUUUGUAAUCGAACCUACUGCUGAAAUUUUAUCAUGGGAAACAGAAAAUAUACCUGAUAGAAAGCUCUGUUCAUAAUUUUCUGUAUUUUAUACUGCACAAGUUUAUAAAAUAACAAGCUCAAAGCA